ACAACAUUGAGAUCUAAUCGCAAGUAUACAGAUUCUGGUAGGGAAAAGUUUUUUUUCUCCAUGUAUGAUCAAGGUUUAAGCUUGCGCAAGGCAGCUGCGCAGCUCAGUGUUCCACAUUCAACAGCUCAAAGUUGGAAGAAUAAAUAUGAA